CUUCCGGUUGGUCACUUGGCCGUGAGCGUGUACUUAAGGAUCUUGAAGUUCUAACAUCGUUGCUCCAUCUCUCCGUCGCUUCUCGUCCGUCGCCUUUCCGUCAACUCGCAAAUCUCAGCGCCGGCUGCCUCCAUCACAGCAUGCCUGGAUCUGACUCACCGACAAAUCGCCAUCUCUAACGACUCUGCAGCCAUGAGUCUCCUCAACUCCAUCCUCUCGUCCAUUAACGGCGGUCAGCCCGCUCCACCCCGUCCACAAGCACUUUCCUCUACCGCCAGAACGAAUCCGCCGCCACGUAACCCAGCUCCGCAGCAAGUGCCACCGAAGCGAAAGGCAGAAGACGCUGCUAGCGACCUCAAACCCAAAGUCGCAAGAACAGACACCAACACAUCAAAGUUCGAAAGCAAUGCCUCCCUAGCCCCACCACCGUCACGCAGCACCACAUCGUCACCCGCCCAAAGAGCCGCUUUGCCGCCUCCCAAGGCUGCCAUCCCUUACCGUGGUAGCGGCCCUUCUGCGAAGACACAACCAGCAUCAAAGAUCGCCACCGCAUCUCCCGCACCCACACGGCCUCCUACCACUUCUACCACACCUGUCUCAGCAUCCGCUUCUACUAAAGGAGGCUAUCUGGCUGUAUUGGAACGCGCCAAACAAAACGCCGAAGCGGCCAAACUGGCUGGUCAAAUCAAGCACAAGCCAGUAGAGAAGCUUACCAAGAAGGAUCGCCUGCGUCUUGUCGAGGAGGCUCGUGCCGCAGCAAAAGGCAAACCUCUGGCGAACAGGGACACAAAGGCUGGCUUGAAAGGCAGGGGAAAGAGUGUCGAACCUUUGGCGGACCCCAAAACAAAUGCGCCGGGUAAAGACAAGAAGAAAUCCGUGGAAGUUGCAUACAAAGGUACCAUGCGUGCCAACGCUCCCGCUGCUCCUGUCUAUCGUGGUACUAUGGGUGGUCCUGGCGGUGCUGCCGCCCGUAAACCAAUUGCCAAAGCCCACGCACCCGGCAGGUCUGGUUAUGGUGCUGGUCGUCGCUACGCUUCGUAUUCCGAUGAAGAGGAGGAAGAAGAGGACGACGAACCAGAAGACGAUUAUGAAUCGGGAUCCGACAUGGAGGCUGGCGUUGACGAUCUUUACGAAGAAGAACAGGCAUCUGCACGUAUUGCGAAGCGUGAAGAUGCUAUAGCCUUGGCCGAAGAAAACGAGCUCAAGCGCCAGAAAGCUGAGAAGAAGCGCAAACUGGAAGCCCUUGCCUCAAAGGCAAAGCCACGCACCUACUGACACUUUGUCACCCCUCGACCUUCACAUAUCUUUCCUGCUUUGUUUCUUCCGUUUCACAAACUGUUUUGGAGUACACUGAUUCCAUUGGAGGCGUUAGUCUUGCUUUAUUCAUUUAUUCGAUUGCCGGAAGCCUGGGAGCGACGGGAAAUGCAUUGGGCCGGACUAUUAGCGAUAUUGCUACGAAUUGCAUGAUAUCAGUUUCAUCAGGGUGCCUGCGGGUAACCCAUUCUUCUACAUACCACUCUUUUGCCUGUCUGUGAUGGCUUCAGAGCUUGAUAAUAUCAGUCUCAUCACCAACAAGACUCCA